CUCAGAGCUGGACUGCUUUUUGCCAUUUCGCUGGACCACUUGUCUUACCAUUUCUGUGGUUCUGAAUUUUUCCAGGUUCAUUUGUAAUAUUGCGAUCGUUCGCUGUUAUACAGGACAUUAUUGAUACCAGUUGUUACACGUCAGUGCUUGAUAUUACAACUUCUUACCCUUUUGUGAUUUGCAGUGGAAAAUAUUUAAUAGAAACGCACGUAACUUUGGAUUCGUAAAGAUGCCGAGCAGAGACCUGAAAGUUCUUGGUGAAGGAAAAACCAAGAUUAUCUACGAUAUUGGUGAUCCGGAUCGCCCCGGCGUUGCUCUGAUCCAUUCGAAGGACAUUAUUACAGCAGGAGAUGGCGUUAAGCGGAACACCAUGGAGGGAAAAUCUGUUACGUCCAACCGUACGGCAUGCCUGAUAUUCGGAUACCUCACCGAAAUUGGGAUUAAAAACCAUUUUCUGGGCAAACACGACGAUGUAUCCUUCUUGGCCCGGCGUUGCCAUAUGAUUCCUUUGGAAUUCGUUACGCGUCGCUUAGCCACUGGGUCAUUUCUGAAACGCAAUCCAGGCGUUCCCGAAGGAUAUACCUUUUCACCGCCAAAACUGGAAACGUUUUUCAAAGACGAUGAAAAUCAUGAUCCGCAAUGGUCCACUGAACAAAUAAUUGCCAAGAAAUUCACCUACACAGCGGAGAAGGGUGGUAUAAAGAAAGAAGUGGUUAUCGGUGCGGAUGAGAUCCAUUUAAUGCUGCAGCAGACGCGUACCAUCUUCGAAGUGCUGGAAAAAGCUUGGCGCACCAGGGACUGUGUUCUGGUUGACAUGAAGAUCGAAUUCGGAGUGGACGCUGAAACCGGAGAAAUCAUCCUGGCCGACAUUAUCGAUAGCGAUUCAUGGCGUCUGUGGCCGCACGGCGAUAAAUUGCAGAUGAAGGAUAAGCAAGUUUAUCGCGAUGCUAAGGAAGUUAACGAGGACAAACUCAAGCAGGUCAAAUUGAACUUUGACUGGAUUGCCGAUCAGUUAAUGGACAUGUUCGGGAGCAAGCAUAAGGUCAAUGGUCGUGUGGUUAUCUUUAUGGGAUCGGCCUCCGAUUUGAACUGGGCCAAGUCCAUCCAGAAAGAAGUGGAGCCAUUUGGUAUUGAUACUGUCCUUCGUGUCACUUCCGCCCAUAAGACAACCGAAGACGCACUGAGAGCUGCCGCGGUGUAUGAUGCCGACGAUGUACCAACUGUCUUCAUUGCUGUGGCCGGUCGCAGCAAUGGACUGGGUCCAGUGCUCUCCGGAAACGUGACCUCUCCCGUUAUCAACUGUCCGCCGCCUUCGGAACGCAUUGCCGAAGAUGUGUGGUCUUCGCUUCGACUGCCAACUGGUUUGAGUUGUGCUACUUUGCUGACCGCUGACGCUGCAGCUCUUCAUGCAGCUAAUAUUAUUGCACUGACGGAUUACAAAGUCUGGAGCAAGUUGAAGGCUCGACAAUACAAACAACAGGCAGCCAUUAUUGGAGCUAAUGGAGGCAUGUGAAAUUUUUCCGAACUGGAAGCAGCGUACUUUCCAAAAACCUUUUGCUUUUCCACUUUUUCUUCGGUACGAGUAAUGAAAAAGCAGAUAACAAACCUAGCCGCUUUUGAUAUGCAUUGCGAAGCUGUUUCUGUAUUCAUCACGCUUUUUAAAUGGAGGCAUCAGCUUGACCGUGGAUUACGUGCGAUGUAUUGCUCUUUUGUACUAUUCGCAAAUAUAAUCAUAGCAUUUUGGACACCGGGGAACAUGUAAAUGUAUGUGUGUUUUUCUAUCUUGUGCAGUUUGCAGCAAAAUUUUUAGUGCUGAUUUUUUAGGCUUGUAAUUAUUGUCACGGGAGGUGACGGUAGAUCAUAAUAAAUUAU